AUGUCUUCAUCCGGACAAACAAACCAGCAAGCCAUGGACGAUUCCGUCCAAAAGAAACUCGCAGAGGAGCAGCGGAUCAAUGAUCCUGUUGCCAUGAGGAAUCUGGCGGAGGACCUCUACAAUUUCCAAAUUAGGGACCAGAUCCAAUUCGUGGCACUGCCACAGUGGAGGAAGUAUGACCGGCAAGCGGUGAGAUGGGUGGUAUCUGGGCCAGUAAAGGUCCCUCCAUGGGCUCCAAAGAAGUAA